UAAAGUACUUCCAGCAUCAGAUUCCCCUCCCCCCUUAUGUCCUUUCCCACCCACUGCAAUGGUAUACUCAAUGAGGGGACUUGAUUCAAUACAUGCGUAUAUCUGUUGUACGUUUUUUCUCCGAAUCGUCGGCUUAUAGAUGCGCGAAAUAACUCAGACUGCAAUAGCAACGCGGAUCAAAUGAUUUCGCCAUCUGCAAUGGCCAAAUAUCUUCAAGAUGAGCUUAAAGCAAGUGAAGUUAAGCAUUGUGAUACAUGUAAUUGUUCUCCAAAGGACUUGACCGUAUUGAUUGACGAACCCAGAACAUAUAGCGUAGGCACGCAGACCCUUGUUCAAAGCGAAAGUGGAAACUCAUUGUGCCUGCGCUGCAAUAGUAAUCUCAAUUCACCAUCGCGGACAAACAGCCCGUAUAUCAUGAAGAUAGUUAAGUCUAGUGAUUCAGUUAUCUCCGAGACGAAAAGCAGUGUAUCAGAUCUCCUCGACAAUGAAAAACUUUUUACACCAGCAAAGAAGGAUGACCUCAUGGUUAACCCUAUUCUGGGACAUCAUCGUCUCUGUGAUCGUACUGUUAGCAAACAACAACAGCAACAAAUAUGCGACACUGCCAAAUAUAUUGUGGAAACGAGAAAACUGGAAAAUGAGAUAGCGGAUUUGAGGAAAUUUAAUAAUAAAUCGCCAAACUUAAGCUUGGGCGCCGAACUCUGCAAUUCGUUUAGCCGUACGUUGCAGAACGAAGUUGAAGUUAAACCACUUGAGAAUGGUGCUCUGCUUAGACAAAAUGGUUCUGCUACUUUGUUGUGUGAUAACAGUGAAGAUAAUGACAAGGAAGCAAGCAACAGAAAUGCCAAUUUACAGCAACCGGUAUCAGGUACAUGCACUAGUCAAAAGAGUGAUAAGAGUGAUAUUACCGCUGAUAAAAAGUCGGAGAACAAAUUGCAACAAGAAACUAAUAGUGUUCAUGGUAGUAAUGAUAAGAAUUUAGAUAAUGCAAAAAAUACAAUAAUGGGGAGUACUAACAGUCUAUGGAGCAAGACUAGUAGCAGUGAAGGAGCGAAAAUUUUCGAAAAUUUCAAUAGGAAUCUUAUUAAAACUAUAAAGGCUGAAAACCCAUUACAUCGGGGUCCCCGGCUUUGUGCUCUUCGUAUCCAAAAUGGAUCGAAUAAUAUUCUGCUCGACAACAUAGAUUCCGAAGUUACACCAGUAGUUUACACUCGACCACCACGCUUUCUCGACGAAGAACUGGAUGAUACAAAGGACAUUAUAACGUCGAAAAUUUCAAUGUUAAUGUCCAAGCAGAGUGUAAAUUCCCCAACCACUUCUUCGCAAAUCAAUUCUUCCACUGGCAUAAAACUAUCAACACCCAACGCUAAUUUACUUUUACUUAACGCUGAGUCGGGAAAUAACACUACCGAAUCAGAUAACCAUGUUGAAAGCACGAUCAUAGUGGAUCUUAGUGAUAAAAACACUAAGAACAUAAACCAAAAUACUGAUAAAUACUGUGAUGCUGUGAAUGGCGCGCAAAACGCUGAUAGUCUAGCUCUAAAUUCAGAUAAUCCAGAAAACCAACAAUCGUUUCAACAGGAACAGGGCAAACAGGGUGUAAUACAAGGUAAACUCCUUGCUAUUGAGGGAGCGUUAGGUAGUGUAAGCCAGGGCGUAAAUAACGAGGUAGACAAUGACCGGAAAAAUUCAGUGGCAAUUUUUGAUAAUACUCGGAAUCCUCCUAUUCAUGCCAGCAGUUGUUUAGAGCAACAACAGAACUGGAAUAGGUUUAUAAUGGAUCUACAAAAUAAUCCGCAAAGUAAACAACAUUAUGAUAUUUUCAUGUUAGCUGGUGAAAAUUCGCUGAACUCGAGUUUUAAAAAUACAACUAGUAAAUCUGGAACACAAUCGAGUUCGAUAUCGAGCUGUGGACUAGAUAUCGAUGUUCAGGAAAGUGCCCUUUUACGACGUCAACAGUUAACACGGGUGGCAGAGUGGGUACAGAAUAAUUCUCAGCAACAACAUCGGAACCACAAAGUGACUACGGCUAGUCAGUUUUGCAACAGUGUGCAGCUCUUGGGUGGCAAUCACAAUCACUGCAGCACAAUACCCCAAGCUUCUCAACCACGCAAUAACAUUAAAUCCACUGAAAAGUUUUCCGUUUCAGAUUCAACAAACCGAAUAGCCACCAAUCCUAUUCACAUGAACGGCAUCCAAAAUACGCUUAAUAAUAACUUCUACCAUUGUCACAGCUACCUGCACCAGCAACAAUUACAACAGUUAACUUCUUAUGCUAAGGAUAAUAAAAUUCCAGUUGAAAACCGUCACACUUGCGGUGAUAUCAUUGCUCAGACACAUUAUUUCUCUGUGAACCAGGACACGGGACUCAAAUGCAAUAACACUUCCACUCCUAACUCAAUUGAUAGAACUACAUUGGUGUUGGCCAAAAGCGAGAUGCCAUCCAGGUCAAACCAGGCCAACUCACAUGAACAUCUAUCUACGGAUUUAGCCCAAAUGGAAUAUAACGUUAAGCAAUUCUUGCUCAAACAGAACGAAUGGUCGAUUCGCAAUGUUAGUAAAUCAGAGCAUUCGACGAAAACUGCAAACACGACGACUAACUCUGAGAAAAUUGCAUCUGUCGACAAUUCUCCAGGCAGCUGCAAUUCGAAUAGUAGUAACGAACAGCUUGAAACUACUAAGAAUCAUCCGCUUCCACUUAGAACUGAAACAAAUCUUUAAUUUUUUUAACUUCUUCGCUCCACUUUAUAAAAGAAAAAGAAGCAAAAGAUUGAGUAAUUCAACUUGCAUAUGUGUAAUCAAUUGCCGUAGACGAUAAUCUCUUACCCUUUGUACGUAUCUUAAAUGGCAGUUUUAUCUUUCGCAUCUUUGAUCAGCAAUACGAGCGGAAAUUCCAUGUUGCUCAGAAACAACUUUAUUGAGAAAUGUUAGAAUUUUAUAAGCUGAAGCCAAAAAAGGAUCAAAACAUUAUUCUUUUUUAAAACAAAAAGCACCGCAAAUUGUUUUUUCCUGCCAUAUAAAAUUGAAAUGUAAACUAAACACUUUAUUUGAGUUUAAGGUUAAACUUAUAAUUUGGUUAGAAUUUACUCAGGUCGACCGUACUUUUUACUUGUAUUGCUGUGGAAGCAUAUGGGGCUCAAUUAAUAUUUAGAUCCUUGAAUAAAUUGACGAUUAGAAUUUUUGUAAAUAACUUUUUUGUUAAAUUUCACCCUUGUGUAUUAUAAAAACUAAACUAUAUACUAUUUAUCUAGAUAUAUUGAAUCUCUAAGAGAGUUUAAGCUUCAAGCUCUAUAAAAGAAGAACUUUUUAUAAUAUAUUUCAUUUUUUUCCAAUUAUUUCAAAAUUUUGAAAUAAAAUUUUUGGUUUUCUUUCUUUUAUUA